AUGGCAGACCCGAUUUCAAUAACCAAAUCCGCCAAAGGCAAAAUCAAGACUAUUGAUUUAGAAACAUCCGUACUUACUAUCAUCCUCGAAGAAGACGAUAGCAAAUUAUUCCUUACUCCAUCACUUUCACCCAGAACUUUACAAUCACUCUUGCUAUAUGUGGUGACAGGCCGGAGGGAUAUAAGCGUAACGAUAGAGAUCCCCGUGAAUGAUCCAGACCCGUAUUCUUUCAGCAUGGAUUACGAAAGCAUAAAGGGCUAUAAAGAUGUCGUGUGGAAUAUCUGUCUUGAGACGGCUGAAUUCGAUCCAGUCUUGGGUUGGGAUCACUCAAUAUGGCGAGAGAUGAGGAGCGGGUAG